AUGGUCAGAUCUUCCUCAUGGCUCAUGGCCGCCACCGCCCUUCUGGGCCCGGCCUCGGCCAAUCUGGCUGCUGCUGCUGCUGCUGCCUCUCCCGCCAACCCGGGCUGCGCAGAGCUGCUGCAGUCGAGCCCGGACAAGACUUUUGUGCCUGGAGACGACGAGUACGAGCGGGAGAGGAACGCCUUUUGCCGUGAAACCGGCGCGAGGUUUGCCGUCCGCGGAGGCGGCCACAUGGCCGUCGAGGGCGCCUCGAGCAUCGAGGACGGCAUCCUGAUCGUCGCCUCUUCCCUCGGGGCUCUCUCCGUCUCGGAGGACCUCAAGACGGCCGACAUCGGCCCCGGCCAUACCUGGGGCGAAGUCUAUGCCCGUCUCGCCGAGGACGACCUCGCAGUUGCCGGCGGUCGACUCUCGCCCGUCGGUGUCCCGGGGCUCUUGCUGGGCGGCGGUGUCAGCUUCUACGCCAACCAGGGCGGAUGGUCUGCCGACACCGUCGUCGCCUACGAGGUCGUGCCUGCCGACGGCACCAUCGCCAACGUGACGGCCGAGUCGGACCCCGAACUCUUCUGGGCCCUCAAGGGCGGCUCUUCCAACCUCGACCUCGUCACCCGCUUCACCAUGCGCACCUUUCCGUCCAAGAAGGUCUUUGCUGGCGCCUACACCGUUGCCGGGGAGCACGUGCCCGCUUUCCUCGAGGCCGUCGCCGACUUUUCCACCGCCAACACCGACCCUCUGUCGCAUGCUGUGCCCAUGGUCGUCCCCACCGACAGCAACAACUCGGUCGCCUCGGCAGUCCUCUUCUACGACUCGGAGACGGAGAGCAACCCCGGCUGCUUCAAGCCCUUCUUCGACAUUCCCAGCAUUGCCAACACAAUGUGCUUCAAGACUCUGGCCGACUUCUCCGCCGAGGUUGGCGGUCUUGUCGUCGAGGACAUCAACGACGUGUUCAUUGCCGGCUGCACUGUGGGCAAGGACCGCGAGACCAUUCUCAAGGGCGUUCGGAUCUCGCACGACGUCUUCGUCAACUCUCUCGACUCGCUGUUCGAGGCCGUGCCCAAGGGAGACUUCGUCCUGCUCUCCGUCAACUGGCAGCCCAUCACCCAAACCUGGCAAGAUGCCUCGCGUCGCUCGAACCCCGGCGGGAACGCCCUCGGCAUCGACGUCGAGACGAAGGGCAUCUACAACGCGUGGGCCUGGGCCGUCGAGUGGUCGUCUAGCCGGUACGACGAGGCGGUCUUGGCCUGGGUCAAGGAGACGACCGCCGAGGCCGAGCGCCAGACCAAGGAGGCGGGCAUCUACGACGCCUUCAACUACAUGGGCGACGCCUCUGGCUUCCAGGAAAUUUAUGCCGGAUACGGCGAGGAUAACAAGCGCAAGCUGCUCGACGUGUCCAGGACGGUCGACCCCGAGAGGACCUUCCAGAGCCUGAUGCCCGGCGGCUUCAAGAUUGGCGCCUAG